CCAGGCUUUGUCCAAUGGGAGCCAUUUCCUGUUAGCACUACCGAUUAUUUUCUGCGGAACUGAGGGCAUGCUGCAGGAAGAGCCCAGAGGAGUGCUGUACAAAAACAUGUUGCUGCUGUGGAGGGACAUGCCUCAGAGCGUUGCUGCACAAGAAGAGAAUGACAAGUCCAGACGGCCCCUCAGCGUACAUAUAAGCUGCUUUGCCACCAUUCCCUCAAAAUCUGCUGCUGCUGAUGAUAAUGUGACCCUUUCUCUGAUGGGACGGUUCACACGGGGGGUACAACAGGGUCCAGAGUCUGUUCCAACUCUCUACCAUCUACCAAAUCCCUUACUCAGAUCUGCUCUUCAUCUGAGGCUUUUUGUCACUGACAGCUAUGAGCAGACAUGGAUUGGGCCCUGUGUCAUCACUGCUGACCACCGUGUCUUUGUUGAGAUUUCUGCCAAAACCUCCCUCGCAGAUGUGGUGAAUGUGGAGUCGUGUUUUGUAUCUCCUCAGUCUGACCCUAAAAAAUCUCCCUUUUGGAAUGUGAUAAGCAAUGGCUGCUCCUCAGACUCUUCUCUACACCUCGUCACAAAGCCAAAAGGUGAAGAGUAUGAAGGCACUGAACAGGAUGGUGAAAAGGAGGAAGACGUUGGUAAAGCAGACGGACAUGAGAGUGGCAGAAGAUUCUCAGUGAUGGACAAUGGCAUUCCAUACAUGGGAGAUUCGGGAAAAAUACAACUGUUGAGAUUUAGUUUUAUCCCGCGGCCAGUUUAUAAUGAGUCUAUGCAGUUUGUCCACUGCAGCCUUCUCUUGUGUUUCUCUGAAUCAGCGAAAGGAAAGCCCAUAAAUGACACAGGGGGGAAUAGCUGCCCAAGUGGGAUACUGAUUCCUCCACUUGUGUCAGGAUCAUCCAGACAUCAGUGUGAGAUCAGAAACCUCUCCAGACCCAUGGUGGUCACUCGGUCUAUUAGUUCACUGGUGACCAAAAUGAAAUCCUCUGCUGGUCAAAGAACAAAGAGGCUAAGUCCACAAAGCACCAGUUUUGUGUUGCAAGAAGGACUGUUGAUGGGAAUCGUCGUUGUAGCUUUUUUAGUUGGAGUCAGUUUAAUGGGAGGACUGUGGUGCAUCUAUAAAUACACAGGUGGACGUCGAGAAGGUUUUAGAGAUGGUCAUUUAACAAAUCAGACAGAUGAGGGUUGCAACAUCAGGACUCCACCUUUUCUGUCUGAUCAAUCCUCCAGCUCAGUUUAGAGGGGUAGCAGCAUCAGAGCCAGGGACUUAAAAAAGCUCCACAAGGUAAUAAUAAAG